AUGUCUCUUCUUGAUAAGCUUUGCUCUGAUGUAUGCCGAAUAGUUAAUGAAGACCACGUUUCUUUUUUCUUUCUUUUGACUGGUCAAAGGGGUUGUGGCAAGUCUUUUGUUCUCCGAUCGCUUUUCACAAACCUUAUUAAUGCAUGCGCGGCUUCUGAAGUGACGACAUUGUCAGAUAUUUUAGUCUCCAGUAACUCUGUUUCUCCUGAAGAUAAUAGGUUUCGUGUAUGCAAGAUUGAUUAUAAUAGUCUCCUCUUAUGGUCAAGACAGUUUAAGGCGGAUUCGGACAUGAAAUUUUUCUCUUUCCCACAUUUGACAGUGCUGAUAGUCGAUGAUGUGCAUGCGCUAUGUGAGCUGUGUUUGCUAAAUGAAGCGUCGCACUUUAUGGAAAAGCUUCUUCUCCGUGUAUUGCACUGUCCUGGCUGCGCGCUGGUGGCCUCUGCGCUGAGCGAGAGUGGUGUACCCCCGUACCUUUUGCAAUGCCGCCGUCCAAUACUCUACCCAAUUUCUUCUAAUUUCCAUUCCCCUGGGGGAUUUUUUCCUUUCGUAGAUAACGAAGGGUCGGAUAGGCCCUUUCGUCAGACUCUCAUCUCUUUAGGGAUGGCAAAGCUCGCGCUCCAGAAGUACAAGGACGGGGCUUCCGUUACAGCUGACGAACGGUCUGUGAUGAUGCAGCAGAAGUUCAAAUGGUUGAGUGGUUCAUUAGAGAAUCUGACUGCAGUUCAGGUUGAAACCUUAUAUGGACUCAGUCAUAUCCAAGAGCGUUUAUCCAUUAUGAUUUCUUCUCUCGCCUUUUUUAAAGAGCCUGGAAGUUGCGGAAGGCUUCUUGGGUCUCUUCCAACGACUACGGGCAUUCUGUUGUUUGGACCUUCUGGUUGUGGUAAGAGCGCACUGGUGCGCCGCAUAGCCGGUGCUUUUCCCUCCAUGGUUUUCCAUUUUGUCGAGUGCACGAAGCUGUUUUCAAAGUUUCUGGGCGAGAGUGAAGAGAAACUUCGUGAGGUAUACCGAAAAGCGCGCCUGCGGACACCCUCGGUGGUGGUACUUGAUAACAUGGAUAUUAUUGCACAGUCUCGCGGAGCUAUGCAAGGCUCCGAUACUUCUGGAGGUGGGAACGGUGUGGAUGUUAAUCGCCGCAUGUUGGCCUGUCUGCUCUGCGAGCUCGAUGGCGUGACGAGCAACUCUGGUGUGUUAACUAUCGGCAUCACCAACGCUCCACAUGUCAUCGAUAAGGCAUUGCUGCGGCGAGGGAGGCUAGAGUCAGUUAUUAUGGUGCCACCGCUUACCCUGCAGGCGGCUCAGGAUAUUUGCCGGUGCUUUUUUGAGAACUUUAAGGCAGACCCUGCUGAGCGCAAUGAUUGCAUCGAAGUGAUUGCUAAAGCUUCGGAAGGUUGUUCACCUGUCUCCCUGCGCUUUGUCCUGCGAAAAAUCCUUGAAACGUUGCUUCCCCAGAUUUCUGAAUCAGGAAAUCAUUUAGUUUUUCCCACACAGAUGACUUUGAGGCACACUUUGUUUGAAAACGCUUCUCUAUUGGCACCUAUUGACUAUCCAUUUAGUCAAUUCUGA